GAACAGUAAAAGGCAGACUGCUUUAGACUGGGAGAGCACAUCCAUCCGGGGAAUCCUCAGAAACCUGCUGCUGGAGUGGAGCCUCACACAGACAGUGAUUACCAGACGGCUGUGUGCAUGGUCUGAUGAAUUCCUUCGGUGCCACCUCGGAGAUGCAGAGUCCAGUUCUCAGCCCCCAGUUUAUAGCGGGGUCCCAGGGUAAGGUACCCGGCAGGAAGAGAGGGCGGCCCCCUGUCCGUAAACUGGAGUUUCAGAGUCACUAUGUGGAGCCGCUGUCACCAGUCAAGGUCCCCAAGAAGAGAGGCAGGAAGCCCGGGUUCAAGCUGAAGCCUAGGAUGGUGAUGUCCCCACUGGCCAGCUCUCCUCCAAGCAGCACACCAGAACCAGAGAUGGGCUCCAUCCCCCAGGACGCCGCUAUCGUCCCCCACUCUGCCACACCACAAGUCCUCACAGCAGAAACAUCCAUGCCUGAUGACUUUUUAUGCGAUCCGCCGGUGGACUCGAAGCGCUACGCCGUGGAUCCCAGCGAUUCUGCCUUCAAUAUCAUGACCUCCCAGUACCCUCUGAAGCACUCCUACAGUUACCGUGGCAGCAGCAGUUGCUCAGCUCCUAUUUCUGUGUGUAGACAGGCAUCGAGUCCGGGAAGUUUUCAGGAAGGAAACAGGAAUGGUUACAGCCUGAUGCAAGAGGCCGGAGAGUGCAAACGUCCUGCGGGUAAAGACCCAUCCAGCUGGGGAGUGGAGGAGGUGGUCUGGUUCAUCAAAGACGCUGACCCACAAGCCCUGGGCCCUCAUGCAGAUGCCUUCAGGAAGCAUGAAAUAGACGGGGACGCUCUGCUCUUGCUGAAAAGUGAGAUGAUGAUGAAGUACCUGGGACUGAAGCUGGGACCUGCACUCAAGCUCUGUUACCAUAUCGACAGGCUCAAACAGAACCGGUUGUGAUUUGUGUCGCAGAGGCCAAACCACCACAUAAUUAACUUUCACUAAAACUGUGCCAAUGCUGAGUCUCUUAAAGCGCUCUCAACUAUCAGCAGUGCAUCAUGAGCACCUCUGGAUGACGACACUGAGUGCUUUAUGGUUGUUACUGCCAAAAAAUGUGUGAACAAAUUGGACAUAUGGACUGUACAUAUUAAGACAAAUUGCAGCUGAGGCGAUUUUUUUCACUUUUUUUUGUUUUUUUGUUUUUUUUUUUUGUUUACUGGGUUCCUGAAAGGCUUUACAUUGUAAAUAUCCCAGCUCCACACAGAUGGCAGCUACUGUGAAUGGAAAGGUGCCAUGUAAUAACAGCCACUCUCACCAACUGGAUCACAUAUCAAUACCUCGACAGCGCAGAUUUGUGAGAGUUCCUUUAUACAUAAUUUGUUAAACUUAACCCAUAAAGACCCAAACAUCCACAGGUAAUGUUUAAUAACUGCUGAUCCACUAAUCCUAUC